CCAGCCCACUCCUCCAUAAAGCCUUCGCAUCCCAGGAGAGAGCAGAGCCAGGCCAGGAUGGAGAGGAGACGGGUCACCUCAGCUGCUCGCCGCUCCUAUGUUUCGUCCUCGGAGAUGGUGCUGGGGGCCCUGACUCCUAGCCGCCGCCUGGGUGCUGGCACCCGCCUUUCCUUGGCUCGAAUGCCGCCCCCACUCCCAGCCCGGGUAGACUUCUCCCUGGCUGGGGCACUCAAUGCUGGCUUCAAGGAGACACGGGCCAGUGAGCGGGCAGAGAUGAUGGAGCUCAAUGACCGCUUUGCCAGCUACAUCGAGAAGGUGCGCUUCCUGGAACAGCAGAACAAGGCACUGGCUGCUGAGCUGAACCAACUGCGGGCCAAGGAGCCCACCAAGCUGGCUGAUGUCUACCAGGCUGAGCUGCGUGAGCUGCGGCUGCGGCUGGAUCAACUCACCGCCAACAGCGCCCGGCUCGAGGUCGAGAGGGACAACCUGGCACAGGACCUGGGCACCCUGAGGCAGAAGCUCCAAGAUGAAACCAACCUGAGGCUGGAGGCAGAGAACAACCUAGCCACCUAUCGACAGGAAGCAGAUGAAGCCACCCUGGCCCGUCUGGAUCUGGAGAGAAAGAUUGAGUCUCUGGAAGACGAAAUCCGGUUCCUGAGGAAGAUCCAUGAGGAGGAGAUGCGCGAGAUCCAGGAGCAGCUGGCCCGGCAGCAGGUCCAUGUGGAGCUGGAUGUGGCCAAGCCAGACCUCACAGCAGCCCUGAGAGAGAUCCGCACACAGUAUGAGGCAGUGGCAUCCAGCAACAUGCACGAGGCAGAGGAGUGGUACCGAUCCAAGUUUGCGGACCUGACAGACGCCGCUGCCCGCAACACCGAGCUGCUCCGCCAGGCCAAGCACGAGGCCAACGACUACAGGCGCCAGCUGCAGGCCUUGACCUGUGACCUGGAGUCCUUGCGUGGCACGAACGAGUCUCUGGAGAGGCAGAUGCGAGAGCAGGAGGAGCGCCAUGCGCGGGAGGUGGCGAGUUACCAGGAGGCGCUGGCCCGGCUGGAGGAGGAGGGGCAGAGCCUCAAGGAUGAGAUGGCCCGCCACCUGCAGGAGUACCAGGACCUGCUCAACAUCAAGCUGGCCCUGGACAUCGAGAUCGCCACCUACAGGAAGCUGCUGGAGGGCGAGGAGAACCGCAUCACCAUUCCUGUGCAGACCUUCUCCAACCUGCAGAUCCGAGAAACUAGCCUGGACACCAAGUCCGUGUCGGAAGGCCACCUCAAGAGGAACAUCGUGGUGAAGACUGUGGAGAUGCGCGAUGGAGAGGUCAUUAAGGAGUCCAAGCAGGAGCACAAAGACGUGAUGUGAGGCAGGACCCACCUCAUGGCUCCUGCCCCAUAGCAGGAGAGGCCUGCAGCAGGAAACAGGAUAGUUGCCCCUCCUCUGAUAGCUAAUUUCCCCAAGCCUGAGUCCCCACUCCCACCCUAGUUGCUCCCCUCCCCGCUCCAUCUCUCUGCCAGCUUGCUGCCCCAGGCUCUGUCAGCAUUAGGCCUGCCAGACAGCACCUACCCCACAACCAGCAACUUCAACUAACAGGGCACUCACCCCAAAGGGGCAGCCUAGAGGGGCAUGGCCAGCACCCUGGGUUAGAAUUGGGAGGGAGGAGAGAAGUUGGAGAGGGCUUAGGGACCUAACAAAUCACUCUCCAUAUCCUCAUCCUUGUUGUCAUGGCAACUGUUGCUAGAGCUGGAGGUCUCUGGGCUAUCUAAGAAGUGGGACUUUGAGUUUCCUCAGGCUGCUGGAGGAAAACUGAGACUCUGAGACAGGAAGGGAAAGUCACUGCAGGCUAGGAAGCCCUGGUCAGAGGCU